UGCAGCAUUGGACUCAUUGAACCAUUCCAAGUCUUACCCUCCGAAUAAAAUAGUGGCUCUCGUUUCUGCCUCACCCCCGAAACGCCUUUGGGAUAAUUUGAAAGAAAUGAUGCCUGUGUUACCGCUACUGGCAGCGCUAGCGAUUACGAUCCAUCGGUAUCGCUACCUUCCGCCGCCUUCUCAGCUCGCUCCGGUAGAUCCGCCAUGGGUCAGAGACGACGGAUGAUGUUUCAGAAUUCACGCGAGGAUACGUUGUUUGACUAUACGAUAGGCCGACUGCUGGGCGAAGAGGCACUGAGCAAGACCAAAGUGACCAAAGCGUUCUACCAGUUGGCAGCCAAUGUGUUUGUCGUGAUUGUGGGCAUCGUAGCGUUCGCACUGUAUCAGGUGUUCUCCGCAUUUCUGAGACCUCUCCUCUGGGCUGUGCUGUGCGGAGUAUUCUUGUUCCCGAUCAAGCAUCGCAGCACGCACGUCCUGAACGCGAGGCUCGGGCUCAUGCAGAUUAGCAACACACCACUGUGGCUGGGAAUAAUCGUGCUGCCGCUGCAUUUCCUGGCCUGGCCUGGCCUGUCGUACGUCGCAGGAUGUUCUGUAUCGUCAGUGGAAGGCCAUGGCGUGCAUGGCGGGCCUGCUGACAUGUGUUUACAUUCUCAAUCACUUGCCAGUGUUCGCUGCGCUGCAACGCUCUAUUGAGGGUCUAGACACAGCAUCGCACUUCAUGGAGUUCGUCAGAGUUUACGGUUACAUUUAUCUGGUGGGGAUGGUCAUUGCGGGCUACGCGGUGCUCAUUGUCUUCUUCUGGUCGGGCCGGACACGGCACGUGAUGCGUCACCUGUCCUCCAUCGUCUGGUUCACCAUUCUGCUCUACCUUGCUACUCUGGUGCCAUCGUAUCGACUCUCACUCUUCAUCCUUGUGACAUCGUUGUGUCUUCUAGGUGCACUAGCUGGACAGCCUGGUGAAAUAAGAAAUUUCUUUGCUACUGAGCAGCAUGAUGAUGAAGAUGAAGAUCAAGAGGAAGAACAGGCUUCCGAGUUGCUGCUGUCAUCACUGUCGCAUGACGAAACUGAUGCACGACCCGUGCCCCCAUCCUCUCCAGGACGCGACUCUCCCACCAGCUACGAACUGCGUCGCUCUUGGAGCAACCGUGCGCGUCGCAAUCGCAGUGUAUUCCAGGAGUUCAUUGGUCCUGAGUUGGAACACAGCGGUGGCUACUUUUACGCCGUUGUAUGGUGCUGCCUUACGCUCAUGCUCUACAAGUUCCCGUGGCUGCUGUGCUUGCUGCUCAUCCCUGCCACGUUGAUUGUGGUACGACUCAUCCUGGAGCGAUUCAGCAUUGUUGACACCACCCGCCAGCUGCUUUCCAGACCCCUGCACUUGAUCGGUACAUGGAUACACUCGCGUCGAGAUGCGCUCAUGCCUCCACCAAUGCGGGCUAUCCUCAGAUUUAUCAGCCAAGCAGACAAGAAGAUAGUCAGUGGUCUGCUGUCGACAACGGACAAGUUUGUGUCCUUGCUGUCGAUCCUAGUGUUGUGUGUCACCACUCUCCUGAUGGCAUUCUUCUUGGCUGUUCAGGUACAAAGUGAGAGUGGCCACAUCAUUCAACAAAGCACCACUCUUGGACAGCACGUCAUUGAGAUGUAUCCAGAGUUGAGAAGUAUGUGGCAGGGGGAAGGCAAUGCCACGGGUAUGUUACAAAGCAUGAAGGAACAAGCACAUCAGCAAGGUCGAAAUUGGAUACGCACCGGGGUCAGAUCUGUGGUAUCCAGCGAUAACGAUGAUAUCGAGGAUCAGCUAACGCUUGCCUGGGAUCAGCUUGUGCGACUAUGGACAAAUGAAAGUGUGGUUGGGUGUAGUAAUGUGAGUGGACUGAGUGCCAGUGAAGUGUCUUCUCAGAUCAACAUGACAUCAGUAUUUACUACCGUCAGUAGCAAUAUGGGAACAUUGCAUACGCUGCUUGACUCGGCGUGGGUGGUUGUCAAGAGCAACGCUAAACUACUGAUGGGCGUGGUGACGGCGAUACUCUCCGUCUUGCUGGACAGCGGCACAGCUGUGUUAAACCUGGCUGUGAUAUUCCUGACUUCCCUGAUGUACUUGCUGGCUGCAUCUGACCGUCAGUACAUACCACUGACAUGGCUGACUAGUCUAAUGCCUCCGGAGGCUGGUGCAAAGUCACAAGCUGUUACCUCAGUAUCCAAUGCAGUUCAGGGAGUAUUUGGUGCAUCUCUAAAGAUGAUAACAUUCUACGGACUGUUUACAUUCUUCACACAUACUCUGUUUGGAUUUGAAGUGGUCUUUACGCCGGCAGUAAUCUCAGCUUUGUUUGCCGCCAUACCUCUACUAGGCAGCUACUGGGUAGCACUGCCCGCAUCACUCUACCUGGCUGUUGCGCAACAGUCCUGGAUCAAAGCAUCACUGCUGUUCGGCCUGCACUUUCUCUGCUACAAUGUUGUCGACGUGGCCAUAUACUCUGAGAUCAAAGGUGGUGGACAUCCAUACCUGACCGGCUUGGCUGUGGCCGGCGGCAUGUACAUAUUUGGACUGGAAGGCGCAGUCAUUGGCCCUAUCAUCCUGUGCUGUGGCCUGGCAGCCAUGGACAUCAACCGCACCAUGCUCAAUGCUAGUAUUCAGAAAACCUAGCCACAGCUAUCAGCAUCAGCAUCAGCACCACCACCAGCAACACAUCUUUACAGGUCAAUCUCCCUGUUUGUUGUUGUGGAUCCAUGUUUCAUGUUGGGAACGGAAAAUGUUAUCUCAAUUCCGUAUUUGCUGCGAAUGGUGUCCAAUUCUUGAAAGUUAUUUAUUAAGAUCAUGAUAAUUCAAUUCUGGAAAAGAAGUUUGACGAAAUUUAAGUAUCAGCGCAUCUUGGCUGUCUCUCUUUCGUAUUUCUUUGAGUCUGAUUGCGAGUGAUCUGUUUGUAUUCAAUGCCUGCACAUUACCAAACAGUGUCGUGUAGUGUGAUAUUAAAUUGGUACUGGAGACCAAGGUAAAACAUAGAUCACAGUCGUAUAGUUGUAUCACAACAGGCUACUACGGCUCAUCAGUUGUCUAAGGUGUGCACCUAGUCAGAUCAAGCAUUGAUUAUUCGCUUACACUUUGGAGAGCAAAUCCGCCCUUUCUCUUGCUCCUUGAUUUCCACUUCUUGAUAAGCCCUUUCUUGAACAAUGAAAUGUAUUUCUGUUAACAUUCCGCAACUGUUUGCAUGAGUUACUUCGGCUUCACUUUACACCGUAUUUUAGUUAUAAUUAUUAUGUAGCAUGUGUGGAUCUACUCACCUUCCACUGAUUAAGGAGAGCUGCAUCUGCGCCUUGAUCCUUGAGGUGGUGGCAUUCCCACGGAUGCGGAGAACUCUGUCUGACUGGCAAAUCGCUCGACUCCGUGA